AUGGAGUUCAUUCUGCCUACGCGUCCUUGGCUGGCGCCUCCAGACUCCGCCAUCGAGUUCUGGCACGCAAACCGCACCGCCAUCAUCCUGUCCACCUUCACUGUUCUCGUGAUUCUGCGCAUCUACUUGCAUCUUACCGAGGGAAACGAGCCUCUUCAUGUCUUCCCGAAGAUCUAUAACGAGAAGACGGUCCAAAAUGUUGCAAUUUCAACCCGGCUCGACGACACGCUCGACGACACGAAGCAAGUCAAGCCUACAGGGCCGCGCAGAAUAAAGGGAGAGGUGAACAAACGGAGGGACGCACAGGCGUCGAGUUUAAGGCAGAUCAAGACUUUGGUUUUUUACUCGUCGGUGACAGGCAACACCGACAAGAUUGCAAAACAGUUUGUCGCAGACUUCUCCGGACUGUUACAAACAGUAGCAAGCGGUCCCAACUGUAUAUUCUCGGUUGCGGAAGCCCUUGACUUAGCAGAAGUGGACCUCGAUGAAUACUUCAUUGCACCACCGAAGCUGGGGGCCGACGGAGAUGUUGCUACGGAAUUCUUCUACCUUUUUUUGGUGCCGAGUUACAACAUCGACACGAUCAACGACACAUUCCUGGAGCACCUAAAGGAGACACAUCACGAUUUCAGGAUCGAUACAGCACCUCUCUCAACCCUGCUUGGCUAUUCCGUUUUUGGGUUCGGCGACAAGGAGAAUUGGCCCACAGAGGAAGAAGGCUACUGUGUUCAGGCGAAAGAGGUUGACAAAUGGCUGGCCAAGUUGACGGGUCGCAAGCGGGCGUACCCGCUUGGGAUGGGUGAUGUCAAGCGCGACGGCAGGGAAAGACUGGGCGAGUGGACGAACGGACUCACCGAUAUCUUUGGCCAACUGGCUCGGGAUGGAACCCUGGGCGAAGGUGUUACCGGCUCCGGGGACCCCGUGGAAAGCGAUGAUGAGGCCGACGAGGCCGAAGAUGACGGAGAGGUUGUUUUCGAAGAACAGGAACAGGCGAAGCCACGGAAACCGAAGUCUUCUGCAACACUGGAUGACUUGGAGGAUCUCGGCCGGGUGUUGCAGAACGCGAAGGACGAAGGCAACACGAAAUCCGCUGCACCUCUGGCCAUUGACUUUACGACCGAAUCGAAGCGGAAGACACCGGUCCAGACCGUAAAAGAGAUGGUCCCAAAAGAAUCGCCGACUUUCAAAUCCCUCACAAAGCAGGGCUACUCGAUAGUAGGCUCACACUCCGGGGUCAAAAUCUGCCGUUGGACGAAAUCUGCCCUCCGCGGCCGAGGCUCCUGCUACAAAUUUUCUUUCUACGGCAUCAACUCCCACCAGUGUAUGGAGACCACGCCAUCUUUGUCGUGCUCUAACAAGUGCGUCUUUUGCUGGCGGCAUGGGACCAAUCCCGUUGGGACAACCUGGCGAUGGGUAGUCGAUCCUCCAGAUUUGAUCUUCAACGGAGUCAAGGAGGGUCACUACAAGAAGAUCAAAAUGAUGCGCGGUGUGCCCGGAGUUAGGGCGGAGCGUUUCUCAGAAGCGAUGAGGAUCCGCCACUGCGCCUUGUCCUUGGUCGGAGAACCCAUUUUCUACCCUCACAUCAACGAAUUCUUAGAAAUGCUGCACGGAGAACGCAUAAGCAGCUUCCUCGUCUGCAAUGCGCAACAUCCUGACCAGCUCGCUGCUUUGAAGCACGUCACGCAGCUUUACGUCAGCAUAGACGCGAGCAACAAGGAAUCGUUGCGGAAGAUCGAUAGACCCCUACACAGGGACUUCUGGGAGCGAUUCCAGCGAUGCUUGGAAAUCCUGCGGGAGAAGAGGUUCAAGCAGCGGACAGUUUUCAGACUGACCUUGGUCAAGGGAUUCAACAUCGACGACGAAGUGAGGGGAUAUGCGGACCUUGUGGAGAAGGCUCUGCCCUGUUUCGUGGAAGUCAAGGGCGUGACGUAUUGCGGCACAUCGACUUCCUCAAGUGCAGGUCUUUCGAUGGCAAACGUACCAUUCUACGCCGAGGUGUGCGAGUUUGUGACAGCACUUGAUCAAGAACUCAACCGACGCGGCCUUCAGUAUGGCAUCGCCGCAGAGCAUGCUCAUAGUUGUUGUAUCUUGCUUGGAAGCGAGCGUUUCAGGGUGGACGGCAAGUGGCACACUCUGAUUGAUUACGAUCGGUACUUUGAGUUGCUGGAGGAGAGAGGGGCGGACGGAGAAUUCAGUCCAGAGGAGUACAUGGGCAAGGAGACGCCGGAGUGGGCCACUUGGGGAAAUGGUGGUUUCGACCCCAGGGAUCAGAGGGUUGACAGGAAGGGCAGGCUGAUUGAGGCUUGA